UAGGUUUUAGAUUAAUUUUUAUUUUUAUUCAUUUAAUUUCGGCAAAAUAUUGUCUUGAAAUUAUGCCAGAGUGCGUGCCAUGUCCCGCGGCAGACCCGUGCGCGCCGACAGCCGGCAUCAAGUCGGGCCUGCGCGACGGCAAGCCCAUCGACGGCAAGCAGGAGCAUCCCUGCCCCUGCCGCUCCUGCUGCUGCGGCAAAGCACCUAUAUUGAACCCAUGCUACAAACAGCCGAAGAUUCCCGAAUCGUAUGCGCCGCGGCGCUGUUACAUAAAACCGACAGCACCCGUGGAGACCUGUACUACAUACAAGCUGUCUUACCUGCCGACUGACGGCUGUACUAAUCUUCGCGGUGUGGCGCGCAAGCAGCCGCCCAACAUCGUGCCCAGCUGCGAGCCUAUGGAGUCAUGCACUGUGCAGAAGCUCUCUUUCCUGCCGAACCCGGUGUGCGUGACGCAGCCGAUCCGGCCUUGCCACCACGAUAUGUGGGGGCAGGGGCCCAUGCAAAAUGUCACCACACAGCGUCACGACUUCGUACCAAAGCCUUGCGUGCUGCGCGAGAGUUGCAAGCCACCUCACAAAUUUCACAGCGUGGAACAACCAUUUGAAAACAAGACAGUGAACAAACUGUCGUACCUGCCGCCGGAGCGUAUGGAGGUGACGAAGUCGUUUGCACCGGAGCGCUGCUACGAGCGCCCCGCCGCCAAGAUGGAGGGCAGCACCACGCACAAGAUGAGCUAUCUGCCCAACAAGGUACUCCCCAAAGAACCAUUACCUUGGGCGUGCAAGGGUCAAUACCAGAAACCUUGUCAGAGAAUAGAUGGCAACACCACUUAUGGACUUAGUUUUCUGGACGCGAAGAGUGACUGUCGCCGGCGCGCCAUAAUUCCCAACUCCUGCAUCAAUCCAGUCACGCCCUCCAAGAGAUUUGAAUCUAGUACCAUUUAUAAUAACAGCUACUUGCCCGUGGAAGCCGAGAGGCCGCCAAUGGUGAAGCCGAACCCCAACAUAGUGCCCUCCACUGCCAUGAUGGAAGGAGACACCGUACACAAGUUGUCGUUUCUACCAAACCCGGUAUGUGUGACGCAACCGAUCCGACCUUGCCACCACGACAUGUGGGGUCAGGGGCCCAUGCAGAACCUCACCACGCAGAGACACGACUUCGUACCCAAGCCCUGCUCCAUCAGGGAGUCUUUCAAGCCACCAGCGAAGUACCACUGCGUUGAGCAACCCUUCGAAAAUCGCACAGUGAACCGGCUGUCGUACUUGGACCCCGGGCGGCAGCAGGUAACGGAGUCCUUCGCACCCGUCAAAUGUUAUGAGAAACCAUCAGCCAAAAUGGAAUCUUCAACGAUACAGAAGAUGUCGUACCAGCCGGUGUGCGCGCCGGCGCCGCAGCGCCCGCCCUGGGCUUGCAAGGGACAGUACCAGAAACCCUGUCAACGGUUGGAGAGUACGACCGUGUACAAGUCGUCAUUCCUGCCGCCGGGCGAGGACUGCUCCGAGUACAUGGACCCCUGCGCAUACGGGGACUGUAAACCUUGUGAAUGCAUGUGUCCUGCUGAGUGCAUCGCGACAGAUCCUUGCGCGUGUACAUUCCCCAAAGCGGAAUGUUGUACGUGAGGCCGCCAUCUUGUGCGACAUGUCAAAAUUCAAGUACUUUGCCGCCAAAACAAGAUGGCGCAUAGAAAAGGUUAAUUUAAUCGUGAAUGUCCAGUGUCGUGAC